AACCACCUGUGUAAAGAUGAUACAUGGAGACAGACAAAGGACAGUUAUAUGGCAAGUACACAUUUUCAUUCUAUGCAUUUUCUAUAAAAUGAUUUAUGGGCAGAUUCAGUACUCAGUAUAUGAGGAACUGAAACCAGGAUCUAUAAUAGGAAACAUUGCAAAUGACUUGAACUUAAGUAUCAAUGAAUUAUCAGUUAGAAAAUUCCACAUUGCUUCCCAUGACAGGAAACAGUUCAUCAGUGUUAAUUUAGAUAAUGGGGACUUGUUUGUUAGAGAGAGGAUAGACAGAGAGACAUUAUGUGGAUUAGAACCACAGUGCAUAUUAGAUCUCAAAGCAAUGAUUGAAAAUCCUCUCCAGAUCUUCACCAUUAAAGUUGAAAUCAAUGACAUCAAUGACAAUGAACCAAGUUUUUCUAAGAAAUCUUUUGAGGUAGAAGUGAGUGAGUUUGCUGUACCAGGAGCACGGUUUGCCCUUGACUAUGCACAGGAUCCAGAUCUUGGUACUAAUUCUGUACAGAGCUAUGGACUUAGCGCAAAUAAGUAUUUCAGUCUUGGUGAAAGAACCAGCAGUGAUGGAAGUAAAUAUCCUGAACUUGUACUCGAAAAGCAUUUGGAUCGCGAAAAGCAGAGUUCCUUGGAGUUAAGUCUAAUUGCUUCGGAUGGAGGUAGCCCUAAGAAAACAUGUACAGCUUCAGUAAAGAUUGUUGUCCAUGAUGCAAAUGACAACUAUCCUGUUUUCACUCAGGACACCUACGUAGUAAAUAUCAAUGAAGAUGCACCAAAUAGUUUCCUAGUACUUCAGUUACAAGCCGCAGAUGAAGAUGACGGUACCAAUGCACAAAUAACAUAUUCCUUUAGUCACAUUCCUGAGAAUGCACGUCAAAUUUUUACAAUAAAUCCUCAGACAGGUGAAAUUAGAAAAACAGGACACCUAGAUUAUGAAGUAACAAAGAGAUACACAAUAACAGUAGAAGCUAGAGAUGGCGGUGGCUUGGUUUCUCCCUGUAAAGUAUCCAUUCAGGUUAUCGAUGCCAAUGAUAAUGCGCCUGAAAUCCAAAUCAGCUCUUACUCGGCUACAAUUCCCGAGGAUGCCCCAACUCAAACCGUAAUAGCAAUAUUUAAUACCUAUGAUAUGGACUCCGGAGAGAAUGGCAAAGUUGUCUGUCAGAUUUCUGAAGAGCUUCCUUUUCAAUUAAUAUCAUUAACUGAGAACUAUUACAAAAUCAUGACCUCCUCAAGAAUGGACAGAGAAGAAACUGCUGAAUAUAAUAUUGAAAUUACUGCCAAAGAUAAAGGAUCUCCACCUUUAUACUCUAAUAAAACAAUUCAGGUGACUUUAACGGAUGUUAACGAUCAUAUUCCAACUUUUGAAAAAAGUAAUUACAUCGCCUAUAUCCCAGAAAAUAAUCAGCCUGGAACCUCAGUACUUAGUAUAAAGGCAUUUGACCAUGACAUUAAUGAAAAUGGACAAAUUCUCUAUUCAAUAAUGAACAAAGAUAUUCAGGAUAUCCCCAUAUCAUCACAUAUUUCCAUAAACUCAGCAACUGGAGUUAUUUAUGCCCUCCAUGCUUUUGACUAUGAGAAGAUACGAGAAUUUCAGUUCCAGGUCAUGGCCGUAGAUAGUGGAUCUCCUCCUCUGAACAGCAAUACUACCAUUACAGUUUGUAUUACUGAUAAGAAUGAUAAUGCUCCUGAAAUACUCUAUCCAUCAUCUGACACUGAAGGAACAGCAUUAUAUGAAUUUAUCCCUCAUUCCUCCGAUAGAGGUUACCUAGUUACCAAAGUGAUUGCAGUGGAUGCUGACUCUGGGCACAAUGCGUGGCUUUCUUAUCACUUAUUGCAGGCUCAAGAACCUUCUGUUUUUACUAUUGGUCAAAGUACGGGAGAGAUCAGGCUAGCACGAGGUUUUCAAGAAACAGAUUCCUCAAGGCAAAAAGUUGUGGUUAUGGUCAAAGAUAAUGGAGAACCCACUCUAUCUGCUACAGUUACACUGAACCUGAUCAUUGCUGAAAACUUUCAAGUACUCCCUGAAAUUAAUAACAAGCCUAUCAAGUUGGACAACCCAAAUAAUUUCAGCUUUUAUCUUGUAAUAGCAAUCGCAGUGAUUUCUCUUUUAUUCAUAUUAACUGUGGUAGGUACGGUGAUUUCUAAAUGCAGGAAAGCAAACACGUCAACUAUGUUUGGGACCUUGGACAAAGCCAUGUAUCCACAGGUGUCUUUUAGGUAUCCUUCUCAACUGAGCGAAGGGACUUUAUCUUUGCCAUUUUCAUAUGAUGUUUGCGUGGCCCUGGAUUCAAGUCAAAAUGAAUUUGCCUAUCUGAAGCCAAGUGAGGCUGUUCCAACAGACAAUCUAAUUGAUACAGAUGAUUUAGCUACUGGAAAUGACUCUGUUAAAGACAAUGUGCCUAACGACACUCUGACAGAGGAUAAGAUUCCUUCAGUACGGGGGAAACAUGGGUACCUGACUAAGAAUGAUUACAGGUGGGUGCAAGAUGGGCCCACUCACAAUUUUUCAGAAUUGGAAGCCCUGUACCUACAGCCCACUCAAAUUUAUAAUUUAAGCCUCUAUGUGGUGCUGUUGACCAAGAAAGGUAAAGAGGUUUCACUAGGAAAUGUGUUGCAGCAAAGCCAGGCAGUACAGAUCAGCAGAGAGCUAUAUGUAUUCAACAUCUUCUGUGAAUUCUGA